UUUUAUUUUGUUUAUUUUGUUUUUUCUGUAUGUUAUUUUUUUAUUAUUUAGUUGUUUAUUGAAUUCGAAUGCUUACGUUUUUCUAAAAACAAUAAUGUUUGUGAUGAGGACGGAGCACAAGGUCGGAAGGUCGUGUCAGACCACUGUCACGUGACUGAUGAUGUCACAGCAGACUCUUUCCCAGCUGUCCAAUCAAACUGCAGUCGUCUCGUGCGUGAUCUAGAAGCGCGAGGUAGCGUCCGUGAGAGAGAAGAUCGUAGCGAGUCACUCAUGCGAUCAUUAUCAGCCCGAACGGACCGGACCCAUGGCGGCAGAGACUUUCAGAUCGUUAAGGCUGUGUCGGCGUCAUAUAUCUCUGUUACGGAGGUGUCCUCGGCUCAUAGGUCCACAAGUACUCAAUCAGAAGUUCUUCUCAUCACACAGAGUUGUAAAGAGUCACAGGCUCUUUAGGAAGCUGUUGAUUGGCGUCUCGGUGGGCGUGCCGCUCGUGGUCGGGGUGCGAUAUGUGGUCUCAGAGCCCAGAGAGAGGAGGAAGAUGACGAUACUAGCAGAUGGAGUCGGGCGCUUCUGCAGGUCUCUCUACAUCGGGCUUAUGAUAUCAGCAGAUUACUGGUGGACAUCCAACAUUGUUCUACGUGGCAUGGAUGAGAGCAGUCCAGAGUAUGAGGAGCUCAUGUCAGCAUGUCAUCAGAGAGCAGCCAGUAGUAUGGUAGACGGGGCCAUCCAGAAUGGAGGCCUGUAUAUUAAGCUGGGACAGGGACUGUGUGCAUUCAACCAUCUUCUGCCUCCAGAGUACCUCCGCACCCUGCAUGUGCUGGAGGAUAAAGCGCUCAACAGAAGAUACAAAGAGGUAGAUGCUUUAUUCCAGGAAGACUUCAACAUGACUCCUGAUAAAAUGUUCAGGACGUUUGACUAUGAGCCUGUGGCUGCUGCGAGUCUGGCACAAGUACACAAGGCCGAACUGCAUGAUGGGACACCUGUGGCUGUAAAGGUGCAGUAUAUUGAUCUCAGGGAUCGCUUUGAUGGUGAUAUCAGGACUCUGGAGAUUUUGCUGGACAUAGUGAAAUUUAUGCACCCCAGCUUUGGCUUCCGCUGGGUCUUACAGGACUUGAAAGGAACGCUGGCACAAGAGCUGGAUUUUGAGAAUGAAGGCAGGAAUUCUGAACGUUGUGCGGAGGAACUGAAGCAUUUUAAGUUUAUAGUUGUGCCUAAAGUGUUCUGGGACCUGACCAGCAAGAGGGUCCUUACAGCAGAGUUCUGUGAUGGAUGCAAAAUCAACAACGUGGAGGAGAUUCAGCGUCAGGGACUGAGUCUGAAAGACGCAGCUGAUAAACUUGUCCGCACAUUCGCAGAGCAGAUCUUUUAUACCGGCUUUAUUCACGCUGAUCCUCAUCCUGGAAAUGUACUGGUAAGAAGAGGUCCAGAUAAAAAAGCUGAGUUGGUUCUCUUGGAUCAUGGGCUGUAUGAAAGCCUAAGUAAAAGUGACAGAGCGGCUCUGUGUCAGCUGUGGCGAUCCAUAAUCCUGCGAGAUGAAGCAGGCAUGAAGACAUAUGCAAAUAAGCUCGGGGUCAAAGAAUACUUCCUGUUCUGUGAGAUGCUACUGCAGCGGCCAAUCAACAUGUGGGAGUUUGGCCUGGGUAACAUCCUGACUCGAGAGGAGACGACGUACAUGCGUGACAUGGCCAUGAACCGCUUUGAUCAGAUCAUGCAGGUGUUGAAGUCUAUGCCGCGGCCCAUGCUGCUGGUGUUCAGGAACAUUAACACAGUCCGCUGCAUCAACAUAACUCUGGGAGCUCCAGUCGACCGCUACUUCAUCAUGGCCAAGUGUGCUGUGAGGGGAUGGGGCAGAACUCAGGCUGAUGACACCAGGAUUCUUCUGAAACUGUCAUUCUUCCGCUGGGUCUGGACCUUUUGGGAGAGCAUCAAGUUUGAAUUUGCUUUAAGGUCAGAGAUGGCGCUCAUGAGUGUCACUCACUCUCUGCUUAAGCUGCUGUCUUACUGCAAUAUCAUCACUCUGGACCAGGACAUGUAUCAGUAUCUGAAAUGAAGCAUCACAUACCUCAUCAUCAUCACCUCUGAUUCUGGUUUCACUCAGUGCUGCUUGUUCUUUUAAUGACUUUUUCAAUUGAGCUUGGCCUCUCAGGAACCUCUCACACACUCACUCUCUAUGUCGCUCGCUGUCCGAGAGCUGCAUUUCACAGAAAGCCAAGCACUUUUUAAUUUUGCUUUUAUCAAUUAUGAUGUUCCGGCAUUUAAAAGACUUCUUUCAGUCAACUUUCAUUCAACAAGUUGUGAGACCUACAUUAGUUUCUUUUGUAGGCAUCAGAGUUUGAAACGCUAAAAUGAUUAAUGAUUAUCAUUUGUGGCAAUAAUGGGGAAAAAAACAACUAUUUGAACAAAGUAAAUGUUUAUGCUUAAAACAUGAGGUUUAACAAUUUAUUUCUAUGACAAUUAUAGAAACCUUUUUAUUUAAUGUAUUUUAAAAAUUGAGCCAGUUUAUUUUGUAUUUAUAUGGAUUUCACUGAUUAUACAUUUGGAGCUGAGAGGUGUUGUGCUGUCAAACCUUCUUACUGUGAGAAUUGGACGUGUAAUCUACAAUGCAAUAGUAUUUUGAAUAUAAAUCAUUUAUAAGAGGCUAUUAUUUCAGUUGUUUGUGAAAUGUUUUGAUUUUCCAGAGUCCAAAACUGAUGCUCUUGUAUCUCCUGGAGUCUCUAAUUCUUAAAGUUAGCAUGAAAUGAAAAUAAACUCUUUCUAUUUU